AGGCGGCAACAGCGGGAGUCGCUGUUGAGGCGGCCGCUGGUGCGGGUCUGUUCUACGCUGCUCCGUGGGGCCAGGCAGGGCGGGCAGCUGCUGGCGUCUGGCCGUGAGGGAGGGCUCUUGGGGUGGGUGGAAUGGCCCCCACCUAGGCGUUGGGAGAAGCGGCUGAGCCCAGGAUGCUGGGGAGGUGGCGCGGUGGCUCCUCACUCAUCCCAGAUGUUGAUCAUCUUUCUGAAGUAGAAUCUCCAUGGCCUGAACAGUUUCUGAAAAUCAUUUUGAGCAAAAUAUCUGUUUAAUAGAAAGAUAACCACAUCAAGAUGGUUGGAAAACUGAAGCAGAACUUACUAUUGGCAUGUCUGGUGAUUAGUUCUGUGACUGUGUUUUACUUGGGCCAACACGCCAUGGAAUGCCAUCACCGAAUAGAGGAACGUAGUCAGCCUCUCAAAUUGGAGAGCACAAAGACCACUGUACAAACUGGCCUGGACAUCAAAGCCAAUAAAACUUUCGCCUAUCACAAAGAUAUGCCUUUAAUUUUUAUCGGAGGCGUGCCUCGGAGUGGAACCACACUCAUGAGGGCCAUGUUAGAUGCACAUCCUGAUAUUCGCUGUGGAGAGGAAACCAGAGUCAUUCCCCGAAUCCUGGCCCUGAAGCAGAUGUGGUCACGGUCGAGUAAAGAGAAAAUACGCUUGGAUGAGGCUGGUGUCACUGAUGAAGUGCUGGAUUCUGCCAUGCAAGCCUUCUUACUAGAAAUCAUUGUUAAACAUGGGGAGCCAGCUCCUUAUUUAUGUAAUAAAGAUCCUUUUGCCCUGAAAUCCUUAACUUACCUUGCUAGGUUAUUUCCCAAUGCCAAAUUUCUCCUGAUGGUUCGAGAUGGCCGGGCAUCAGUACAUUCAAUGAUUUCUCGAAAAGUUACUAUAGCUGGGUUUGACCUGAACAGUUACAGGGACUGUUUGACCAAGUGGAAUCGUGCCAUAGAAACCAUGUAUAACCAGUGUAUGGAGGUUGGCUAUAAAAAAUGCAUGUUAGUUCACUAUGAACAACUUGUCUUACAUCCUGAACGAUGGAUGAGAACCCUCUUAAAGUUCCUCCAUAUUCCGUGGAACUACUCCGUAUUACACCAUGAAGAGAUGAUUGGGAAAGCUGGGGGAGUAUCUCUGUCAAAAGUGGAGAGAUCAACAGACCAAGUCAUCAAACCAGUCAACGUGGCAGCGCUAUCAAAAUGGGUUGGGAAAAUCCCCACAGAUGUUUUACAAGACAUGGCAGUGAUUGCACCCAUGCUCGCCAAACUCGGAUAUGACCCAUAUGCCAAUCCACCUAACUACGGAAAACCUGAUCCCAAAAUCCUUGAAAACACCAGAAGAGUCUACAAAGGAGAAUUUCAGCUACCUGAAUUUCUUAAAGAAAAACCUCAGACUGAGCAAGUGGAGUAGCAGAGCCAGGAACCUCCUCCACACACCAGGCUGCUGACCUUGGAUUUCUCCCCACCGUGUAAACACAACCAACUGGGAAACUACAUUCCUGAAGGAAAUUCUCAGCAGAAAUAGAAGAUGAAAACUCCAACACAUUCAGCAACCUAAAACUAUUUACACAUGGAUUUUCCUAUCUCCUGAGCCUCUGGGCUCCCUUCUCAUUUUCUGUAUACAGCCUUGCUUUAAGGUGUUGAAAUAAAUGUUCCCCAGAUAGCCCUUAGUCCUGUGGUUUUUUCAUAUGGAUUCCUAGGGAAGGAGAGGCCAUCUGGCAGAGUGGAUAAAUGGAAGGAAGCUGGUCCAGGUAACUCCUUGUUAAGUUACUUAAUGAACCAAACAAGGAUCUACUCAGACUUUUUAUGUAAGAUGAUAAAAGUCUUUUAUUAUUGAAGCCACUUUUGGUUGAGGUUUCUGUCAUAGCUGAAAUAUCCUAACUGUAAUAGGAUGGAAAGGAAAUUUUGUUAUAGAUUUGUUGUUGUUGUUGUUGUUGUUAUAGAUGUUUUUGAGAAGGACUGGAUCAGGUAGUGAUAGAGAGAAGUUGUCUGGGGGCCAAGGUGGUGCUACUCAGAGUGUGGUUCAAGGACCCGCAGGUUCAGAACUGCCUAGGAGUUUGUUAGGAAUGCAAAUUCAAGGGCUAUGCCUCAGACCUACCAGAUCAGAUUCCCUAGAAGUGGGGCUGGGAAUCUGCAUUUUAACAAGGUUUCCUGCUGUAAUUUUGAUGCAAUUAACAUUGGAGAAAACACUAACCAAGGAAGCACCUACAGCUGGCAGGGUGAUUGGUGCAACAGAGGAAGUGCUGUGACUCUGGCCCAUUACUGGCCUUCCAGAUGCUGAUCUAAUCCUCUAGGCCUCAUUUUUCUUUUCUGUCACAACAGUGUGAGCAUCAGAUGAGGGACUGGGUGUAAAAAUGGUUUGAGAGAGCUAAAACCUUGAGCCCCAGGAGAGUUGUGAGCUGACCCAGCUGUAUCAAUGGACACAGUGUCCAAGGCUGCAGACAGAUAUAUGGGUUCAGACUGGACUCCUCCUCAUCAGCUUGAGCUUUGUGCAGGACCCACCGCCAUCUGCGUGUCCAGGUGCCCAGUGAGAGAGCUGGCAGGGAGCCCGUGGAGACUCACUGUCAUUCUUAAUUGAAUUCAAUUGCCCCUAUUUUGAGGUUUCUUUUUCAGAUUC